UGCUGUGAACGGUGAAGCGUGUUAAACGAUGGACGAAAAAAUAUCAAAGUCAAAAUCUGUGAAUCGGCAUUAUUGUUGUGUGUGCAAAAAUUACAGGGGGAAACUUGUAGACUGUAAAAAUAUAACAUUACACCGAUUUCCCUCGAACGUAGUUGUGAGAGCGGCCUGGUUGAAACGUAUCAAAGUUAUUAGUCAGAAUUUUAAACUGAAUGAGAGAUACGAUCGUCUAUGUUCUGCUCAUUUUAAAGGUGACUACGUGAAAGGCAACGUACCUUCGGUAUUCAUACUGGAUGAUGGGAGAGUCAAGACCUUUGCAACAAAUACAGUGGAAUAUGGCGAUGUGCCAGAGGUGAAUACAACAUCUGACCAGUUUGAGUUGCAGAUUUCAGAGGAUAUCACCAAUGUCACAUUUGUCUCCGAAUUAUCAAAUGAAUACGCAUCUGUUAUGCUUCAUGACUACUGUGGACCGGUUUACUCAAAUAUUGAUAAUUUUUGUCAGAACUUAAAUAAGAACGAACAGACACAUACAUUGUCUACACACGAUUGUUCAACUCAGACACCAUGUAUUCCUGAAAUGACGUCAGUUUGUACACAAACCUGUUCCAUUCCUCUUGUGGAUAUCACUGAAUUAGCAAAAAGUGGUAUAAUGAGGAAAGAUAUGAAAUCUGUAGGAAUACAAGCAGUAAGACCUGAUCUCGUUAUUGAAGACAUUAUGGAUUCUGAUGACAAAUGUAUGUUUUACACUGGACUACCAAAUGCUGCUACAUUCAAAGUUUUGUUUAGUGAACUGCCUGAUGCAGAAACAUUCACUCACAGAGCUGGCAGUGGAAAUAUUCCAGGUCGACCUAGGAUGCUAAGACUGAUUGAUGAGUUUUUUCUUGUGCUGCUUCGUGUUAGACUGGGGCUUCUAUUAGAAGAUAUUGCACAGAGGUUUCAUAUUUCUACAUCUACCUGCAGUAACAUUACCAUUCAUUGGAUUUCUUAUUUAAGUGUGAAGUUAUCAUCUUUAACACCAUUUCCAUCAAAAGAUAUUGUACAGAAAACAAUGCCUAACAAAUUCAAAAAAAAAUAUCCUAACUGUCGAAUUAUAAUUGAUUGCACAGAAAUUUUUACAGAAAAUCCUCAGUCAUUAAAAAAUAAAAGUUUAAUGUUUUCACAUUAUAAAUCACACAUGACUUACAAAGCUCUUUUGGGAAUAAGCCCAUCAGGUGUAAUAACAUUUGCUUCUGACCUGUGGGCAGGAAGUAUUAGUGACAAACAACUGACACUAAAUUGUGGCAUACUGGACCUUUGCCAAAGAGGCGAUUCCAUAAUGGCUGACAAAGGUUUCCUUAUCUCAGAUUUAACAAUUCCAAGAGGAAUUAGGUUAAUUAUUCCACCCUUAAAAUACCAACGUUUCACAAGAAGACAAGUUGAGGAAACAAGAAGGAUUGCUAAUCUUCGAAUAGAUGUUGAACGAGCCAUGGAACGUGUCAAAAAUUUCAGAAUUUUACAAGGUGUUAUACCAAUUACUUUAGCACACCAAGCUACUAAAAUAUGGAAGAUUUGUGUUGGUUUAUCCAAUUUGUUGCCCCCACUUGUUCAUGAUGAAGAUGACUGA